AUGUUGUUUGACUUUGACAAAAAUGCAAAGAGUCAUUACAAUGUCAUUUCAGCCCUCUCAGCCUCUCUGACUGUGAGUCCCAGCAGAUCUCAGAUGUUUGAAGGAGAGUUUGUCUCUAUGAGCUGUGAGGAGGACGACAACUCUGCUGGAUGGAAGCUGAGGAGGAACACAACCAGAGACACCAGGAAGGAGUGUGGAGUUAAAUGGGGGAAAAUAAUUCGUUCUUCUUGUAACAUCAGUGACAUCAUCACACUGGACAGUGGAGUUUACUGGUGUGAGUCCAGAGAGGGAGCAACCAGUAACAGCAUCAACAUCACUGUCACUGGUGGACCAGUGAUCCUGCAGAGUCCUGUCCUCCCUGUGAUGGAGGGAGAUGAUGUCACUCUGCACUGUAAAACAAAGACCUCCAACCUCCCAGCUGAUUUCUAUAAAGAUGGCUCCCUCAUCAGGACUGAGCCUGCAGGUCACAUGACCAUCCACAAUGUUUCCAAAUCUGAUGAAGGCCUCUACAAGUGUAACAUCAGAAGUCAUGGAGAGUCUCCAUCCAGCUGGAUCUCUGUCACAGGUGAGAUUCUCUCUGCAGAAAAACCUACAAGCACCGCCCCACCCCCUGUCUCAGCUCCCUCCCAGCUUGUGAUCAGACUGGUCUGCCACCUAGUGGUGUUCUGUCCGUACUUCAUCUCCACUCUCCUCAUGGUGUCUUCAUGUCGACACAGACCCACAGGAUAUGACCUGCCUGUCUCCAUGACGACCGAGGCUGCAGAGAGAUUGGCUGAGGAGUAUGAUGACAUUGUGGCGGUCACCACUGAGCAUCACUUCUGA